GUGUGUGGGACAGAAUCCAGCCAAGCCAUGCUGAGCCUUACACAGCAUGGUCAGGAAAUUCAGAGAAAGGAACCCUUCAGUCCUGAGGUCAGCAGGGACAAGUGGGCAGCAGGCUUGUUUCCAGGGCUGGGCUGUUCUUUGGUUAACUCAAGCAUCUCUUUUUUCCCAACGGCUUCCAGCUUCCCAGUAGAAGAAACAGAAGAGCCUCCCUUGUUCACCAGGUCUGCCUGGGACUGAAGGCACAGCUCUCAGCUCCUUUCAGAACAAAGGUUUCCUCAGACCGGCCCCAUGCCACUAUGGCCCACCUGCCUCACAUCUGUCCUGUCUUCCUGACCUUGCUCCACUUGGCCCAAGGCUCCAGCGGUUCCAUCUUACCCAGCCAGCCGUUCAUCACUAUCUGGAAUGGUGACACCUACAAUUGCCUGCAGAAUUAUGGAGUGGAUGUGGAUGUCAGUGUCUUUGAUGUGAUCGCCAACAAGGAGCAGAGCUUCCGCGGCCCUAACAUGACUCUUUUCUACAGGUGGCAAUUGGGCACCUACCCCUACUAUAAUACACCCACCGGGGAACCAGUAUUUGGUGGCCUGCCCCAGAAUGCCAGCCUGGCUACCCACCUCGCUCACACAUUCCAGGACAUCAAGGCUGCCAUACCUGAACCUGACUUCUCAGGACUGGCAGUCAUUGAUUGGGAGGAAUGGCGCCCACGGUGGGCCUUCAACUGGGACAGCAAAGACAUUUAUCGACAGCGCUCUUUGGAGCUGGUCCGUGCAGAGCACCCUGACUGGCCAGAAACUUUAGUGGAGGCAGUAGCCCAGGACCAGUUCCAGGAAGCAGCACAGGCCUGGAUGGCAGGCACCCUUCAACUUGGGCAGGUACUGCGACCCCGUGGCCUCUGGGGCUACUAUGGCUUCCCUGACUGCUACAACUAUGAUUUUUUAAGUUCCAACUACACAGGCCAGUGCCCACUAAGCAUCAGUGAGCAGAAUGACCAACUAGGGUGGUUGUGGAACCAGAGCUAUGCCCUCUAUCCCAGCAUCUACUUGCCUGCAGCACUGAUGGGCACAGGGAAGACAAAAAUGUAUGUUCGACACCGUGUGCAAGAGGCGUUCCGUGUAGCUAUAGCUUCCAAAGACCCCAACGUGCCCAUAGUGCCCUACGUCCAGAUCUUCUAUGAAAUGACAGAUCAUCUUCUGCCCCUGGAGGAGCUGGAACGCAGCCUGGGGGAGGCUGCAGCUCAGGGAGCAGCAGGAGCGGUACUCUGGGUGAGCUCGGAAAAAACCAAAAGCAAGGAAUUAUGCCAGGCCAUUAAAGAGUAUAUGGAUUCCACACUUGGGCCCUUCAUCGUGAACGUGACCAGUGCCGCUCUUUUGUGCAGUAAAGCUCUGUGUUCCAGCCAUGGUCGCUGUGUCCGCCAUCCCCGUUAUCCUGAGACUCUCCUCACCCUCAACCCUGUCAGUUUUUCCAUUCAGCUAACACACGAAGGCAGGCCCCAGAGCUCCAAGGGUAGCCUCUCACCUAAGGAUCGGGCGCAGAUGGCUAUGAAAUUCCAGUGUCGAUGCUACCGUGGAUGGAGUGGGAGGUGGUGUGAGAAGCCGGCUAUGUGGUGAUUAGCUGUGCCAGACUGCACAGCCCCAACCACCUAACACACGCUGG